CACCGAUCCACGGAAAGAGCCGAAGAUGUCGGCUCGGUCAUGUGAUCAGCUGUGUCCAAUCACAGCUGAUCGCAUGGGACAUGUACACUGAUCAUCAGGGCACUGAUGAUCAGUGUGCCCUGAUGAUUAGUGUAGCCCCAGCAGUGCCUCCUGUCAGUGCUCAUCCAUGCCACAUUUCAGUGCCUACCAGUGUACAUCAAUGCCACAUAUCAGUGCCCAUCUGAGCUGCCUUUCAGUGUCACCCAUCAGUGCCAGUCAGUGCCACCUAUCAAUGCCAGUCAGUGCCACCUAUCAGUGCUGCCAAUCAGUGCCACCUAUCGGUGCCAUUCAGUGCCGCCUAUCAGUGUGCAUCAGU